GACUGGGAGUAGAAUUUUUCGAUUGCGGUGGUGUCUUUAACUUUUCACGAAUUCGAUAAAUUAAAAUAUGAAAAUGUCUUAAUGGCUUAAUGCAAUUGAUAUGAUUAAUGUGUACUAAUAUCAAACAAAUAUUGUGGAAAAGUAAUAUUUUAGAACGGAUAAUAACAAGGUUGCUGAUUAACUAAUUGGACCAUUACAAUAGUCCUUUAUGUGGUGGACACCCGAGCGAUACUUUUUUUAACAACGGCUUGGCAAACCUUCGGUUUCUGUGAGGAUGUCGUUUGCAUUUAAGAUAGACAAAGCGUUAAAAGCGAACUUAUAUAAAAUUUGUCGCCUUUGCGGAAUCGAUAGAGACGAAAAAGUCGACAUAUUAGAAAUUGGAACCCCAGACGAACAGCUGCCGGUGGAUUGUGACGGCGAAUUAAAGCUCCAUCAAAAAAUUAUACAAUGCAUUGGGAUCACAGUCUGUAAGGACGACAAAAUGCCACAAAGUGCUUGUGUACUAUGUGUGGAUAAAAUCAAUGAUUUUUACGAGUUUCGUGAAAUGUGUUAUGCCACAGAUGUACAGACUAGAAAAUUGUUGGGACUGAAAGGUGGAUCUCAGAAAAAAAAUAUAACUGCAGAUGUCAAGCCAAUUAUUGAUAUAAAGGAGGAAACGGGUGUGAAGCGAGGUCGAAAACGCAAGUCGGAUGAAGUAAUAGCAAGAGAAGAAGUAGCUGAAGUUAAGCGCGAAUCAGCGCCAGUACCAGUCAGCAAUAAAAAGCAACGUUUGAACGAGCCACCACCAGAACCACCAACUAAAAAGAAAGGCAAACUUGGGAAACAAUUUGAUAAAACGGUGAAACCCAAAGAGGAAAUAAAAGAGGAGCCUGCGGAAAUAGAGAAACCGUCUACUACAAAUACUCCAAAUGUAACAAAAUUCCGGCAAGUUUGCAACAUUUGCGAUCAGCGUUUUGGUAGCAAAGCGAAAUUGGACCAACAUGUCGGAACAACACAUUUGCCUAACAUUCCACGUUACGUUUGCACGGCUUGUAAUGAAACAAUAAAAAAAACUAACGACAUCAAAAGCCAUCAGUUAUGGCAUAAAUUAUCCAAAACACCCUAUAUCUGCGGUCACUGUAAUCAAUCACUGAUCAGCUCUUAUGCAUAUUCCAGGCAUCUUCGGGAUCAUACUGUGGAAAUACCGCCAAAUCUUUGGGUACUUGAUCGUGAAUGCCCACAAUGUCAUCAGACGUUCUUAACAAACUUUCUGUACAAUACUCACACUUGUGCUGUAAAGACCAAAAAGUGUGCAGGUUGCAAUCGCCAGUUACGUAACGAAGUCGAGUAUCAGCGUCACGCAGCACAUUGCGCAAAAGUUUAUUUAAAUUACUCAAAGCAUAUACCAGUAGCUGCUGCAGCAGCCGAAUCCACAAUUCGCAUUAAAAAUGAGAACGACGUAGAGGCAGCUGCCGCCGAAGCGCUUGCACGAAAUGCUGGCAUAUCACUUAACAUGGCACCAGUAGUGUCGUUAACUCGUAUAUCAACACCAGAAAUAAUGGCUGCCAGCCAGGGUACCAAUAUGCCAGAAUAUACUAAUGAAACUAGCGUUACACCGGCGGAUGAUGCGAAGACACCAGGGAAAAAGGGUUGUAAGAAGGGAGUGUCUCGUAAAGAUCUUAAAAGGGUCGACAACUUAUUAAAAUCAACAUUGGAUGCACUUGUGAGCAUUAAACAUGAACCAGAGGUGCAUGUGGAAACAGAGCCUGAAACACCUGCAACUGUCGAAGAGACUACUAAUAAAGAAAAGGAUUCAGGAGUUGUAGAUGAUGAUAAUUUUCCGCAUAGCGAUGAUUUUCACCAUGGCGAUGAUGACGCAACCAGCGAAGAUAAUGGGGAUGAGAAUACAAGUGCUAGUAUAGGUACUAAAGAUAUAGCUAUAAAGCAAGAGCCAGUGGAUGAGAAUGCCACUCAAACCGCUGUAAAUAUUAAGCAAGAAGUGAUUGACGUGGACAACGAGAACUCAGCACCUGCCGCAAAAAUGCCAGUAUUAAAAUUGAAAAUUAAAAAAGAACAUGGCACUUUAAAUUCAUCAAUAGUAGAGGAGCAAAGUGUGCGAGUUGAAAAGAAAAAGAAGAAGAAAAAACGAAAAGAAACCGAGCGAAAUAAGGAUAAAUUGUUGGAGGGUAAUGAAAAUGCACAAGAGAAUCCAGCAAUACCUGCUGAAACGGAAAGGGGUGGGGACUCUCUGCCCCAUGCAAAUAUUUUGAGGCCCAUCAAACAAGAGCGCUUAGAUGACGUCGAUGAAGAAUCUGAGAGCAAUAUUGCAGACAGUAGUGAAACUAUGCAGGCGGGAGCAACUGUUAUGACAACCAUACCUAUACCCCAAUUCCAAAUAUCUGCUGUUUCGAGUGGUGUCGCCUUUGGCGAUAGUAUUACGACACCUGACGAUAGGGAAGCUGAUGUUGAGACUAGCGAUGCUGCAGCAACGCCAGAUAUUACCACUGAUGAGGGAGAGAUGGAAGACAUUAAACCGAAUAAAGCUGAAUUAGAUCUUUUAUUCAAAAUAACAAGUAUCAGCUCUGGCGUGCAGAUGGAUCAGGAAACAGAGGCAGAAAACGCCGUCGAGUCAGCAAACGCCGUCGAAGCAGCAAACGCCGUAGAGGCUGUAAUUGAAGCCACACCUGCAACCACAAACGUUGUUUCCGAGCAGGUGCCUGAAGAUCGAAUUGGCAGCGUUUGUGAAGUGGUACACCGUAAGCCAGCUAAGACAUCGCCUAAAACUAUUAAGCAUAAGGCGCCGGAGCAAAAGUCGCGGUCUGUGACACAAGCACGUGCGGCCAAGGCAUUCAAAUCGACAGCAGGGGUUAGCAAGAGCAAUACAAACACGAUCAGUAGUGCUGGAGAAACCAAUAUUGGCGAAUACUCUCAAAUUCAAAUUAAACCCGAGCCAGUUGAUCGUGGCUAUGAAGAUGUGUUUAAUGCAUUUGAAGCAGCCAAAAAUCCAACUGAGGCCCAAACACUGUUUGUGGAUGAAGAAUUGUCAAUGAGAGAAAUUGCGGAGCAAGAGUAUUUGAACAAUAUUGAUUUCACAAAUAUACAAAUAAAACAAGAAAAGGAUGUUGAAGUGUCGGACGUGGAAAUGACAAAUACACACAUCGUGGCAAAUGCCAUACCAAAUGGCAUGAAAUGUUCCAACGGUGAAGAAUCUCAAUAUUCUGGAAAUGAAGAAGAUACAGAUAGUAUGGACAAUGAAGAAACCGAUGAUGAGGAAGAUGAUGAUGACGAUGACGAUAAUGAUUGGGUAGGCGUUAAGAAAGAAGAAGAGGAAAAACGUGAAUAUCGUGAACUUGAAUUGCCGCCGUUGUUAUCAACAGACGACUCCGAAGUUGCCGAAAAUCAGAGCGGGCAUGAAGACAAAUUGGAGACCGAGUUAAACAACGCUAACUUAGAGUGCCCAAGUGAAGAAGGUAUCAAUGCUACUUUAGUAAAUGAGACUACUAUGAGUACUUUAGAAAAUGAGCCUAUUACGAGUACUAUAGAAAAUGAGCCUACUACGAGUAAUUUAGUAAAUGAGCCUACUAUGAGUACUUUAGAAAAUGAGCCUACUACGAGUACGUUACUUACUGCCGAGCAUUCAAAAUCAAACGAAGCAGAGCUUUUACCACCCCCGUUCAUGAUAACAGGCAUUUAUAGCCAGGCGGAUUGUGAUGUGUCUAAUCAAUUUCCAGCAAUAAUCGACACAUCGCCCCCUCCCGUUGAGACGGACUACCCUGAUGCUAUAAUGGAACUGCCCGAUGAAGCGAAUACCUUGAAAAUUGCGAAUGUCGUAGCUGGUUGUUCGAACAGCUUCGAUGAUUAUCCCAAACAGAUGGAUGAGGAAAAAUCGUUCAUAACAUCACCCGUGGAGGCGAUGGAAGUAGCCGAUGUGCCGAAUGCAAGCACUAGUAUGGCAACUGAUGAUCACACUGAUCUACCAGAUAGUAUACCACUUAAGAGUACGGCAGAAGAAGCGAUGGAUAUCACGCCAGCAGCUGAGACUAUGUGCAUAGAGGUAAGUCAAGGCAAGGAUGCCCUACUUGAAGCCCAACCAUUCUCGGACGGUAGCGCAGAACCAGUGACCGCAGUCGAUACACCGCAAAUUGAACAGUUGAACUCGAAUACAAACAUAGUCCUCGACAUACCCAUCCAGAGCGAUACUACUGUCGCUGUUGGCGAGGCUACUGAAAACGUAGUUGAAGAGGCACAAAAUGUGCUCAAUCACGAGGUCGUGCAAGCACAAGCAAUUCAACGGUUAACAUUAGAAGUCACUGAGCCCAACCAUCAAAUCGCAGAAGAAGCGGAAAAUCUUUUGAACGAGAGCGUAGUUGAGGCUCAAAUGCAGCAACAGCAAGCAUGUCACACAGACGCACAGUCUGAAAGUGUUGUGUUGAUGCGACUGGACGAUCCCGAAUCUGAGAAAAGUUAUAGCAACGCAAGUAACAGUAACGGCAGCAUUGACGGCAGCAACGGUAGCGGCAGUGGCAGCGGAGUUGUCAGCGCUAGCGGCAGCAUUGGCAGAUCGAGCCAAAGCACAAUGAUCAAUAAUCCAUUCAUGCUAGACGACAGCAAUAUAAAUGAAAUCGCCGAAAACAAUAACAAUGCAAAUAUCGAGCGUGAAUUACAAGAUGACGUUGCCGCUACGUCUACUGCGAGCACGAGCGCAGCGAACGUUGCUGACAAUGCCGCCGAGGAGCAAAGCAAUGCGAUGUUAAUAGACAUGAAACCGUACGACAUAACAUGAAAACAAAUAUAAGCAAGUAAUUAAUGAAUAAAGUUUAAAUAAUAGAGCUAGGAAUGUGGCGAAAAUGCAGAUAGAAUGAAAGUAAGAAGCGGGAGUUCAAUUAGUUUAAGUUUAUUAUUGGUAAUCAUAUUUAGUUGGUUUUGAUAACUUCAUGGCGGUCGCUUUCUCUUGAAUUAUUUCAGUGAUUAUUAAGCAAUUAGGUCUAUUUAAGCUUCAUUUUUUUCAUUUGUUAAUUUUUGUAUUGAUUAAAUAAAUAUUUUAGCGUAAGGUUGAUCGAUUUAAAAAUGUUAUAAUAGAAAAAGUAAAAUUCCUCAAAUUGCAGAACACAAAUAAAAAUUUUAAUAACAGGAUAUUUAUAAUUUAUUAUUCUAGUUUAUUGAUUACUUUAUUUGUUGGUAAAGUAGCUUAAAACGAAAUUUUCAAAAAAUAUUUCUAAAAUUUGGUGGAUUUAGAAGCAGGAUUAAAAAUUUUUUCUCCAAACCCCAACUGUGGUCAAAACCUUGAGCUACUUUACUAGAGUAACACCAAUUCCCUUGAUUUUGUGUAUUUAUGUACACGCACACACACAUAUAUGUUCAUGUU